UCCUUUAAGUAACACUUUCACUUUAUGCAAUUCGUGAGUGAAAAUAGUAGUUGUAUUGCCGUGGUUCUAGUCACAUACACGUCCUGGUAAAAAUGGCACGAAUUCUCGAGGUUAUUUUGUUCUUGUGCUUGGUGUCGAGUUCUUUCGGUGCUGUGAACGUGGUCAGGGAUUUGCUGCAAGUUAACGUGUUCGGAUUGCCGGUCCUCCACAAAGAGGUCAGUUGGCCCUUCGAUCCGGAGGUCGGCGUGCGAAGAUCCAGGCAGUACCAGGCCAUCAACGGGUUUCACGGCGAAAAGGCCAUUGAAAGGCUGGGUCUUGGCAUAGAUGGAUACGAUCGGGAACGAUUGGCGCAACAAAGGGCCAGAGACGUCCAUCUCUUGGGCGGAUUAAAGAGGCGUUAAACCCAUCGUCGAUUGUUAUUUAUUUUCUAUUGUUAACGGACGUAGUUUUGGAGAGCUUUAAGAAUGUUUUAUUAAAAAUAGUUUCA